CCCCAGAGAAGAGCCAGGUGACAGAAUGCCGUUCAUUAUAAGGGGAAGACCCCUGAGGGGGGCACAGUAUGCCAGCAACAAAAGGACGACUCUCUCCACUGACGCCUCAGCUCUCUGGUCAGAAAGCAACACCCAUCUGCACCAGCUCCAUCCACCUGAGCCCCUUCAGGCCCCGUCCACCACUGGCAAACCUGUCGGCUCCUCUUCUGGCCUCCUCGGGGCCAACAGUGGCAUCCAGAACCCUGGUGGCACUGGCACUGGUGUCAGCCCUGUCCUUGCUUGGCAUGCUGCCAUUAGCGCUGCUCGCCAAGCACAGGGCGGCGAUGUUGCAAAGCCCGACAUGAGUUCACGGCCCUCAGUUUGCACCACUGGAGCAGCUCCUGUGGGCUCACUUGCGCAGAGAAAGAGGCAGCAGUACGCCAAAAGCAAAAAGCAGGGAGGAUCAACCAACAGCAGGCCACCCAGAGCUCUGUUCUGCCUCACCCUCAACAACCCGAUCCGCAGGGCCUGCAUCAGCCUGGUGGAGUGGAAACCAUUUGAUAUCUUUAUACUGCUGUCUAUUUUUGCCAACUGUGUGGCCUUAGCCAUCUACAUCCCCUUCCCCGGAGACGACUCCAACUCAACCAACCAAGAACUGGAAACAGUAGAAUAUGCCUUCCUGAUCAUUUUCACUAUAGAGACAUUUCUGAAGAUUAUUGCCUACGGCCUGGUCAUGCACCAAAACUCCUACGUCAGAAACGGCUGGAACAUGCUGGACUUUGUCAUCGUCAUUGUGGGGUUGUUCAGUGUCGUUCUGGAGAUGAUAACCAAAGAUGCUGACUCUGGCGGCCAGUCUGGAGGCAAACCUGGGGGGUUUGAUGUCAAGGCCCUCCGAGCCUUUCGCGUGCUACGACCCCUUCGCCUUGUCUCUGGAGUUCCUAGUUUACAGGUGGUUUUAAACUCCAUUAUUAAAGCCAUGGUUCCCCUGCUUCACAUCGCUCUGCUGGUCCUCUUUGUUAUUAUCAUCUACGCCAUCAUUGGCCUGGAGCUCUUCAUUGGCAAAAUGCAUGCCACAUGCUAUAUUACACAAACAGGUGCCCUGGCGGAAGAAGAGCCCACACCGUGUGCGGUAUCGGGGCACGGUCGUCAUUGCCUGCUUAAUGGUACCAUGUGCAAAGAGGGCUGGCAAGGCCCCAACAACGGCAUCACCAACUUUGACAAUUUUUUGUUUGCCAUGCUCACUGUGUUCCAGUGCAUCACCAUGGAGGGCUGGACUGACGUUCUCUACUGGAUGAAUGAUGCAAUGGGCUUUGAGCUGCCGUGGGUCUACUUUGUCAGUCUGGUCAUCUUUGGAUCCUUUUUUGUUCUCAACUUGGUUUUGGGUGUGUUAAGUGGAGAGUUUUCCAAAGAGCGAGAGAAGGCCAAGGCUCGGGGAGAUUUCCAGAAGCUGCGUGAGAAGCAGCAGUUAGAGGAAGACCUGAAAGGCUACCUGGACUGGAUCACCCAGGCCGAGGACAUCGACCCCGAGAACGAGGAGGAGGGAGAUGAGGAGGGCAAACGUAACCCGAGCAUGCCCAGUGAGACAGAGUCUGCGAACACAGAGAAUCACAACGGAGAGGAAGAAAAAUCCCCCUGCUGUGGGCCGCUGUGUCAAAAAAUUACUAAAUCAAAAUGCAGUCGGCAGUGGCGACGGUGGAACCGUUUCUGCCGCAGAAAGUGUCGUGCAGCUGUGAAGUCUGUGACGUUUUACUGGCUGGUCAUCAUCUUGGUAUUCCUCAACACUCUCACCAUUGCCUCUGAGCACUACAACCAACCUGACUGGCUGACGGAAGUACAGGGUAACUUUUUCUAUGCAGCCAACAAAGUUCUUCUAGCGAUGUUCACUUUGGAGAUGCUGGUGAAGAUGUACAGUUUGGGUCUUCAGGCGUACUUUGUGUCCCUGUUUAACCGCUUUGACUGUUUCGUGGUGUGUGGAGGCAUCAUAGAGACCAUCCUGGUGGAGCUGGCCAUCAUGUCUCCACUGGGCAUCUCUGUUUUCCGUUGCGUACGGCUCCUUAGGAUCUUCAAGGUUACACGUCAUUGGGCAUCUCUGAGUAACCUGGUGGCCUCUCUGCUCAACUCCAUGAAGUCCAUCGCCUCCCUGUUGCUGCUGCUCUUCCUCUUCAUCAUUAUUUUCUCCCUGCUCGGCAUGCAGCUUUUUGGGGGCAAGUUCAACUUUGACGAGACUGUGACCAAAAGGAGCACAUUUGAUAACUUCCCCCAGGCCCUGCUCACUGUAUUCCAGAUCUUGACAGGAGAAGACUGGAAUACUGUGAUGUAUGACGGUAUCAUGGCGUAUGGCGGUCCAGCAUCCUCUGGAAUGGUGGUCUGCAUUUACUUUAUCAUCCUCUUCAUCUGUGGAAAUUACAUCCUACUGAAUGUCUUCUUGGCCAUUGCUGUUGACAACCUGGCAGACGCAGAGAGCCUCAACACAGCGCAGAAGGAGGAAGAGGAGGCCAAGAAGAGGAAGAAUAGUGCCAAGGAUCUGAGCACAGAUAAGAGAGCUGAAACAAUAGAUGUCAAGGAUGGAGAGACCAAGGUUCCAUCAGAAGUCUUGCUGGAGGAAGACAAGGAGUUGUAUCCCGCCAUCGACUCUCCAGUGUGUGACGAUGAUGAAGAGAAUGGCGUUCUCCCUGAAGUCCUGCCAGGGCCCCGCCCUCAGAGGCUGUCUGACCUCACCAUCAAAGAAAAGACUCCGCCCAUCCCUGUGGGCAGCGCCUUCUUCGUCUUCAGCAGCACUAACCCGUUUCGUGUAUUCUGCCAUAAGCUGAUCAACCAUCAGAUCUUCACCAACCUCAUCCUGGUCUUCAUCAUGCUCAGCUCCGUCUCUCUGGCUGCUGAGGACCCAAUACGCAACUUCUCUGCUCGCAAUAUCAUCCUAGGCUAUGCAGACUAUGUCUUCACUAGUAUGUUUACAUUUGAGAUCCUUAUUAAGAUGACAGCGUUUGGAGCAUUCCUUCAUAAAGGGGCGUUCUGUAGAAACUACUUCAACCUUUUAGACCUGCUGGUUGUUGGUGUGUCUCUGGUCUCCUUCGGCAUUCAGUCCUCUGCUAUUUCAGUGGUAAAGAUUCUCCGUGUUUUGAGAGUCCUCCGUCCACUCAGGGCCAUCAACAGAGCCAAGGGACUAAAGCAUGUUGUCCAGUGUGUGUUUGUGGCCAUUAGGACUAUCGGCAACAUCAUGAUUGUCACCACACUGCUGCAGUUCAUGUUUGCUUGUAUUGGAGUGCAGCUCUUCAAGGGAAAAUUUUAUCGCUGCACAGAUGAUGCAAAAUCCAGCCCAGAGGAAUGCAAAGGAACCUACAUUCUCUACAACAACGGGGACACAGCGCUACCCAUGGUGAAAGAGAGGAUCUGGUACAACAGCGACUUCAACUUUGACAACGUUCUCAUGGCUAUGAUGGCUCUUUUUACUGUCUCCACAUUCGAAGGAUGGCCCACUCUUCUCUACAAGGCCAUCGACUCCAACAGAGAGAACAUGGGCCCCAUCUACAACUACCGCAUAGAGAUCUCCAUCUUCUUCAUCAUCUACAUCAUCAUCAUCGCCUUCUUCAUGAUGAACAUCUUUGUCGGUUUUGUUAUUGUCACCUUUCAGGAGCAGGGGGAGAAGGAGUACAAGAACUGUGAGCUGGACAAGAACCAGCGUCAGUGUGUGGAAUAUGCUCUUAAAGCUCGUCCUCUACGGCGCUACAUCCCCAAAAACCCCUACCAGUACAAGUUCUGGUAUGUGGUCAACUCUACUGGCUUUGAGUACGUUAUGUUUGUCCUAAUCAUCCUCAACACCCUGUGUCUGGCCAUACAGCACCAUGGUCAGUCUCAUCUGUUUAACUAUGCCAUGGACAUCCUCAACAUGGUCUUCACCGGGGUUUUCACUGUGGAGAUGAUCCUCAAGCUCAUCGCCUUCAAACCCAGAGGCUAUGUCGGGGACGCCUGGAAUGUCUUCGAUGCUCUGGUCGUGAUUGGCAGUGUAGUCGACAUCAUUCUCAGCCAGAACACAGAGGACAGCGCUCGCAUCUCAAUCACCUUCUUCCGCCUGUUUAGAGUGAUGCGAUUAGUUAAACUUCUGAGCAGGGGGGAGGGCAUCAGGACUCUACUGUGGACCUUUAUCAAGUCCUUCCAGGCUCUUCCCUAUGUUGCACUCCUGAUAGCAAUGUUGUUCUUCAUCUAUGCCGUAAUUGGAAUGCAGGUGUUUGGGAAAAUCGCCAUGGUAGAUGGAACACAAAUCAAUCGCAACAACAACUUUCAAACCUUUCCUCAAGCUGUCCUUAUGCUCUUCAGGUGUGCCACAGGUGAGGCCUGGCAGGAGAUCAUGCUAGCCUGUCUGCCAGGGAAGCUGUGUGAUUCAGAGUCAGACUACAACCCCGGAGAGGAGAGAACUUGCGGCAGCGGCUUUGCCAUUAUUUACUUCAUCAGCUUCUACAUGCUCUGUGCUUUUCUGAUUAUCAACCUGUUUGUUGCUGUCAUUAUGGAUAACUUUGACUAUCUUACCCGUGAUUGGUCAAUUCUUGGACCGCAUCACCUGGAUGAGUUUAAAAGGAUCUGGUCUGAAUACGACCCUGAAGCCAAGGGCAGGAUAAAGCACCUUGAUGUGGUGACUCUGCUGAGAAGGAUCCAGCCUCCGCUGGGGUUUGGCAAGCUCUGCCCCCACAGAGUGGCCUGUAAGCGUCUUGUGGCGAUGAACAUGCCGCUGAACAGCGAUGGCACAGUCAUGUUCAAUGCCACCUUGUUCGCUUUGGUCCGCACUGCUCUCAAGAUUAAGACUGAGGGUAACCUGGAGCAAGCCAAUGAGGAGCUCAGAGCUGUGAUUAAGAAGAUCUGGAAGAGGACCAGCAUGAAGCUGCUGGACCAAGUGGUGCCCCCUGCAGGCGAUGACGAGGUAACAGUGGGGAAGUUCUAUGCCACCUUCCUGAUACAGGACUACUUCAGGAAGUUCAAGAGGCGCAAAGAGCAGGGUCUUGUAGGAAGGCGCUCAUGGGAGAGACUGAACACAACCAUGGCUCUACAGGCCGGCCUGCGCACGCUGCAUGACAUUGGGCCAGAGAUACGUCGAGCCAUAUCAUGUGACCUGCAAGAAGGGGGGUUAGUAGACGCAAAUGGAGAGGAAGAAGAAGAAAUAUACAGGCGUAAUGGUGGUCUUUUUGGGAACCAUGUCAACCAUGUCAGUGCUGAUCAGCAAGGCUACCCUCACCCAACCACUGUCACCCAACGGCCGCUACAGAUCCUUCCCUUUUCCUGUAGUGGCUCAACUGAACCCACCCAAACAGGCCGGAGAUCCAGCGAUGUUGACAUAGGAGGAGACACAGAGCUGAACUCUUCGCCCAUCCAGUAUAACCAUCAUUAUCACACCCCUCACCCGUAUCAUUAUCCUCACUGUAUUUCCACUUGCCAUCAAUCGCCAAUACCCUCCAAUGCCAACCUCAACAAUGCCAACGUGCCCUCACUUCUCUCCAUGACCAAUGGAAGGCAGCAGAAGUGUUUGAUAACGAGAGACCGCUCGUCCUCCACCAAAAAUGGAUCAUCUGUGUCCACUUACAGCAAAGGAGUACAUGACAAACUUUGGAAGUCACACUCCACAAGGACACGCUACUAUGAGGCCUACAUUAGGUCAGAAAGCAGCGGCGUGCUCUACCCCACCAUUCGUCGAGAGGAACCGGGAGACGGGGACAGUGAUGACGAGCGGGGCUCGGGAGAGUACUACAGCGGGGAGGAGUUUCAUGAAGACGACAUCAUGCUCACGAAGGACAGGUUGUCCAACAAAGACCACCAUGAUGCAGAGAGUGAAUUUGACCUUGGGGUUUCCAAGGGCGACCACCAGCAUGAUGACGAUGAUGAUGACCAACAACCAAUCUACCAAGAUGGCAGGCGGUCACCCAGGAGAUGGCUUUUACCCUCACCUCAAGCCUCCAACAGACCAACAUUCAGUUUUGAGUGUCUUCGCAGAAGAAGUAGUCAGGAAGAAGCUCCUCCCUCUCCCACCUGCACAGCUCUUCCACUACACUUGGUGCAGCAACAAGUGAUGGCGGUGGCUGGACUCGAUGCCAGUAGGAUUCACCGUCUGUCUCCUACGCGGUCGCUUCGCUCAUGGGUCACGCCUCCUGCCUCACCCAUCACCCGCGACUGCUCACCAUGCUACACACCACUCAUACAGGUGGACUGGCGCAGUCCUGGCAGCGUCAGCAGCAUCCCCGGCGCAGUGAAGAGGAGCUCGUGGUACACAGACGGUGCAGACGGUCCUCCUAGCCGCAGCCACUCUCCUUCACGUCUGCAGUUACCUGCAGAAAGCUGCUCACACUUCCUGCAGAAGAGAGGCAGCGCCAACAGUGUAGUGGAGGCUGUCCUGAUCUCUGAGGGUCUCGGGAAAUUCGCCAGGGACCCCAACUUUGUGUCAGCAACCACACACGAAAUUGCAGACGCAUGCGAAUUGACCAUCGAUGAGAUGGAGAGCGCCGCUAGUAACCUGCUGAAUGGGAGUAUGGGUAACGGCAACACUGGGGGAGCCGGGAGCAUCAGCUCGGACCCACAUGACUCCACGCAUGUUAGAGACCGUAGUAUCCGCGACUACAGCGACGAGGAGCCGUAUGUGGCUCAGAAAUGCGAGGAGGACCUUACAGACGAGAUGAUAUGCAUCACAUCGCUAUAGCAGUGGCUCACAUGGGAUCUUUUAGGUUUUUUCAAUUGAAUUUCUACAACUGUUCCACAGCGAGGGGAUGCCUCUGCUCAGCAGCGUCCUGCAAUAGAUGGAAAUGUAAAACAUGGAUAAGAGAACAAAGUGCCUUGUUUUCUCUUUCUGUGGAAUAAAAAUGGAAACGUGGGAGAGAUUAGAGAUGAAACUGAUGGCCAUAUGGAAGAGCUGAGAAAAUCAAACCAGAGGGAAUCAAUCUACUCGCCAGCUGCCUGUCAUUAAGCAGGGAUUCAGGAUACAGCUGAAUAACCUGCCAGCCUCGCAAAGCCAGCUCACACCUCAUCGAUAUUUGCAUUGUUUUGGCUCUAUACUGCAACGCUUUCAUUUGAAGGCCUUUGUAUCCAUAUUGAGUGAACAGUGUUGGGAUUGUUGGUGUGUCAUUUUCCUGCUGCACUGCCCUUAAAUCAUGUUACUUUGUCUAAAUAAGGCCAUGAAUCAUACACUGUUCACUCAGAAUGAAGAGCCAAUAAAACAGAAAAUAUGACGCCGUUAUAAACACAUUGAUUGUGUUUGAUGGAGAGACGCUGGCUUUGUAAAGCUGCAUAUGUCCUGCUGCAAAAUGUCUUUGGCUUCCCAGUGUAUCAAAAGAUUCCCUGUAUUCAGUUGAGUUUAAUGUCAUGUAUAUACAGUGUGUGAUUUUAACCUUUAGAGGUCAUGAUAACAAACGCUGGUUACUUACAUUACAUUUAGGCCUCCAUGACUCAAAUAACACAAAAAAGGUGAUAAAAACAUAUAAUAUUUUUAUUUAAUUUAUUUCAACUAAUCUCAGUGCAGAGUGAUGAUCAGGCUCAUCUGGAUUCACGGUUUCAGGGUUAAAUGUUGCUUGUCUCGGUACUUGACUUGAAAAGGAAAUCACAUAUCAAUGAAAAAAGACUUUGUCCUCAGGCAUAUCCUUCUGUUUGACAUGCACACUGAUAUGACACAUGGAAACCUUACAGCAUGUUUCUGUGUGUCACGUCAUCCUCCCCUUUACAUCAACAACUUACACUAAAUUUACACCCAUUUUACUGACUUGAUUACUUUAAACACCCUGAAAAUUACGGAAGAUUUUAUGGCAAAAUGUCACACUCGUUUCCAUAGCGAAUUUUCGAAGCCUCACUCAGAAUAUGCAAAGAGACACUUUACUCAGACCUCCUUAUUUGUGAAAUUCAGACAACCUGCCUGAGUGUUUAAACUGAGGUACAGAGUGUCUGCAGAUCCUUAAAAAGUCUUGAAUUCAAUUUUUAAAAUAUCAGGCCUUCAAAGUCAAUACUUUAAAGUCAGUUUGAGAGGUCUUAAUUGCCAACAACAUUUUACCUAAUUUUAUUAAUCCAUCUUUUAAUUUCUCUUUGUCUAAGUUUGUCAAAGCUGUU